UGGGUAAGUUGAAUUCAAUGUUUCUGACAUUUUCAUUUUUUACUUGAGGAGGAGGGAUUUUUACUGUCAAGCAAAACAGGAAUUUCCAAGAUCCGAUCUUUAGGCACCAGGCCCCUCAUAAAAGAAUGGAGGAAAGAUUGAAAUGUAUCGCUACCAGAAUCAAAUUCCUAGCAGCAUUUAACAUCUUCAGUUUUUCCCAGCCCGGCUCUCAGACUACCCUUCACAGGCCAGACCAGCUCCCUUGAGCUCCUCCACAAAACCAAUUGGCCAUUGCUUGGACUCUUGUUGAGCUCAGCUCAGCUGGGAAUUAUGGCCAAAUCCUUGGGCAAAAAUGCCGCAGGGACGAUGCUAGACAGCAGCACCAAUUCGCGGAGAAAAAUCGAAACAGAUGUUUCCAGGGGUGGGCUGAAAUAUUUCAUUUGUGGGUCGUGGGAAUCUGGGGGUGGGUUGCCAGACCACCGGCAGUGAAAGUUGACCACAAUAAUAAUUAUGAUUUUUUUUUAUACCCCGCCCAUCUGGCUGCGUUUCCCCAGCCACUCAGGGUGGCUCCCAACAGAAUAUUAAAAACACAAUAAAAGAUCAAACAUUAAAAACUUCCCUAAACAGAUGUCUUCUAAAAGGCAGAUAGUUGUUUAUUUCCUUGAGAUCUGAUGGGAGGGCGUUCCACAGGGCGGGAGCCACUACCGAGAAGGCCCUCCGCCUGGUUCCCUGCAACCCCACAUCUCACAGUGAAGAAACCUCCAGAAGGCCCUUGGAGCUGGACCUCAGUGUGCGGGCUGAACAAUGGGGGUGGAGACGCUCCUUCAGGUAUAAGAGCAGCUGUAAGAAGGUUUAUGGCAGUGGUGGAGAAUCUUGUGCCUUCCAGAUGUGUUUAGACAACAACACACAUCAGCUUGUACCAUUGGCCAUGCUAGCUGGGUCUCAUGGCAGUAGAGAGUCCAACUACACGUAGAGCAGGCAUCCCCAAACUGCGGCCCUCCAGAUGUUUUGGCCUACAACUCCCAUGAUCCUUAGCUAACAGGACCAGUGGUCGGGGAAGAUGGGAAUUGUAGUCCAAAACAUCUGGAGGGCUGAAGUUUGGGGAUGCCUGACGUAGAGGGUCACUGGCUCUCCCCCCCCACACACACACCCCUGUGUUGUAGUGAUUUUGUCUCUGUCUGCAUCUGAAAUUGAUAGACAUGCCCAUUAAAAAUAAAUUUAGUGUGGCAUUCUUGAACACAAUGAAAUGGCAAUCUGACAAAGCACAGGAUACAACUUUAUUAAUCCAGGUAGUAUAGAGAAAUUCUAAUUUCCUAAAUGACUGGUUCCUGAGGAAGCCACAGAUUCCUGAAAUUGUUAAGUCAGCUACCACUGUAGAUGUGAGUCGUUGCACAGGAUUCAAAAGCGGAAGCCCUAUUCAAAGGCUUCCACCUGCACAAUGGGGCUAUUCCCCCUUCUCCUCCCUCAUGUGCCCCCCCCCUAAAAUUGGCUGGGGGCAGGGAAAGGGUCAGGAGAGCCACCAGAACAUUAUGUGGGGAAGGAGAAGAGGAUUGCUCCAUCUGGCAAUCAAAUAAUUGCUGUAGUGAGAUGUUGAAUUCCUCCCAUGUUGCAGGAAAACAGAGCUGAAAGGAGGAGGUUGCAGGAGGAUGGUAGUGGGUGGGGUAAGGGUUAAGCAUUCUACCCCCCUCCAGCCCCAUUUUUCCACUUCGAAUCAUACCCUCCCCCUUCUGCUUUUGCAGCUGUUUGGCAAAGGCCCACGUUUGCACCCCAAUGUCUGGUUCCAGCUAGGAACAGACAAAUCUGUCGAUUUUGCUUUCUCUCAGUUUUCCUACCUUAAGCUCAGCUCUCAGCAUUUCUGCAGCAGUCUGUGAAUUGCGAAAAUUUGUUAGCAUUAUGGUGCAAAUUUGUCUUAGUAGUCAUACCUUUAUGCAAUUUUACCUAAUACACAUAACUUUUGCAAACAAAAGCAAAUGUCAUUUUAUUUCUGUUCAUGACAACAGAAACUAUGUCGUGAUUUACGACGAUUUCUAAAAUGCAAAACUGCACAUGCUCGGAGUAUUUCUGCAAAUCACAUUUUCCUUAACCACUGGCCAGGCUGACUGGGGCUGAUUAGAGUUGUAGUCCAGCAACAUCUAGAGCAGGCAUCCCCAAACUGCGGCCCUCCAGAUGUUUUGGCCUACAACUCCCAUCAUCCCUACCAUUUUGGAAUUGUAGUCCAAAACAUCUGGAGGGCCGAAGUUUGGGGAUGCCUGAUCUAGAGAAACACAAGCAUCUGGUCUAACACAUCAGGAAUGUAGAUAGACACCCUUGUAAAGUGUGGAAUGGCGAGUGGAAAUGAGAAUUGUGUGCUUCACAACUAAAGUUCACUUCUCCACAUUUCCAAAUCAGUUCCGGGGUUGUUAGGGAGGGGGAAUUGUAUCUUGUUUUUAAUCCCCAUCAAGAUUCACCAGCAUUUUUGUGUGAUUGUCUCCUAAUUGCUGUACAAUUUCCCUCUAAUAUACAAAAACCCAUUUUGUGUAGUGUAAUGCAUUUUUGUGUGCUAUUUUCACUAACUUAUACAUUUCAUGCACACUUUACCUCAGUAUAUGCUUUUUUGUACACACUACUAGGCUGGAGAAGUGCAUUGCAAGAUUUGGAGAAGUGUGUAUUGUUUCAGGAAAUAAGAAUUUAGGUAGGCUUGCCUUGAAAUGCAAUCUGAAUAAAACUAAUAACAUCCAACAUUUCUCCAAUGGAAUUAGGGUCAUCCUAUUCAAUACUAAAGGGACGCGGGUGGCGCUGUGGUCUAAACCACAGAGCCUAGGGCUUGCCGAACAGAAGGUCAGCAGUUCGAAUCCCCGCCACGGGGUGAGCUCACGUUGCUUGCUCCCAGCUCCUGCCAACCUAGCAGUUCGAAAGCACAUCAAAGUGCAAGUAGUUAAAUAGAUACCGCUCCGGCGGAAAGGUAAAUGGUGUUUCCAUGCGCUGCUCUGGUUCGCCAGAAGCGGCUUAGUCAUGCUGGCCACAAUUGUCUGCGGACAAACGCUGGCUCCCUUAGCCUAUAGAGUGAGAUGAGCGCCGCAACCCCAGAGUCAUCCGUGACUGGACCUAAUGGUCAGGGGUACCUUUAUUCAAUUCUACUACAGUGGUACCUCGGGUUAAGAACUUAAUUCGUUCUGGAGGUCCGUUCUUAACCUGAAACUGUUCUUAACCUGAAGUACCACUUUAGCUAAUGGAGCCUCCUGCUGCCGCCGCGUUGCCGCUAUGCGAGUUCUGUUCUCAUCCUGAAACAAAGUUCUUAACCCGAGGUACUAUUUCUGGGUUAGCGGAGUCUGUAACCUGAAGCAUCUGUAACCCGAGGUACCACUGUACUACUAGCUACCCCAGCCACUCUGGGCAACUUCCAACAUAUAAAAACAUAAUAAGACAUUAAACAUUUUUUUUAAAAAAAACUUCCCUAUACUGGGCUGCCUUUAGAAGCACUAUGGGUUAAACUACUGAGCCUAGGGCUUGCUGAUCAAAAGGUCAGCGGUUCGAAUCCCUGUGACAGGGUGAGCUCCCGUUGCUCGGUCCCAGCUCCUGCCAACCUAGCAGUUCGAAAGCACAUCAAAAUGCAAGUAGAUAAAUAGGAACCACUACAGCGGGAAGGUAAACGGCGUUUCCAUCUGCUGCUCUCGUUUGCCAGAAGCAGCUUUGUCAUGCUGGCCACAUGACCUGGAAGCUAUACGCCGGCUCCCUCGGCCAAUAAUGCGAGAUGAGCGUGCAACCCCAGAGUCGGUCACGACUGGACCUAAUGGUCAGGGGUCCCUUUACCUUUACCUUAAAAGUGGCAUAACUCCAUACCCACCAACAUUUCUCAGAUGAAAAUAGGAACGCCCUAAGGAAAAGCGGGAGAUUCCAGGAUCAAAUCAGAAACUGGGACAGCUUCUGUAAAUCUGGGGCUGUCCCUGAAAAAAAAUGGACAUUUGGGGGGGGUCUGUAGAAUUGUAAGUGCAAACACACAUAUGUACACUCAUCUCGCAACAGUGAAGUAUGAAAGUUCAUUGUGCCGAUUUCUGAGUUGUGUUUCUGUGCAGCCCAGACAUGGGGAGCCUGAUGUUGUUGAACUUGGAUAAGCCACACUCAGUAUAGUCCAGGCAUCCCCAAACUGCGGCCCUCCAGAUGUUUUGGCCUACAACUCCCAUCAUCCCUAGCUAACAGGGCCAAUGGUCAGGGAUGAUGGGAAUUGUAGUCCAAAACAUCUGGAGGGCCGAAGUUUCGGGAUGCCUGGUAUAGUCAAAGGCAAGGGAUGGUGGAAGUUGGAGCCAACAGAAUCUGGAACACAGCUUUCCGCAACUCAAAAGGGUAAGAAAUGUACAGUGGUACCUCUGUUUACGAAUUUAAUCCGUUCCGGAAGUCCGUUUUUAAACUGAGGCGCGCUUUCCCGAAUGAGGCCUUCCAUCACCGGUGCCCUUUCACUGUUCGGAUUCUGUUCUUAGACCGAGGUGAAGUUCGCAAACCGGGACACUACUUCCAGUUUUGCAGAGUUCGUAAACCGAAUAGUUCGUAAACAGCACUGUUCUUAAACCGAGGUACCACUGUACUUUAAAAAUGUGUGGUGAGAUUUUCACGCAUUUUGUGAAAAUUUUAGGAAGCCGGCUGAAAUGACAAUACCUGUUAGGUAAACUCUAGGUGUCCUCUUAGGCCACCUACAUUUUUAGGUCACUAUGACACCACUUUAAACAGCUGUGGCUUCUUCCCCGCAAAGAACUCUGGGAGCUGUAGUUUUAUGGAUGCUGAGAAUCGUUAGGAGGUCUUUAUUUCCCUCCCAGAGCUGUGGCUGGCUUAAUAAUCAAUCCCUCUUCACAGGAAACUCCGAGAGUUGUACAGUGGUACCUCUACUUACGAAUGUUUCUACUUACGAACGGAGCUCCGUCCACCAUCUUGGAUGCGUUUUUUUCUACUUACGAAUUUUUAGAUAGGGUUGCUUCGACUUACAAUUUUUUUCUCCCAAUGCAUUCCUAUGGGAUUCGACUUACAAUUUUUUUCGACUUACGAAUGUGCAUUCGGAACGCAUUAAAUUCGUAAGUAGAGGUACCACUGUAGUGCUGUGAGCGGAAGAGGCGCCUUCCAACAACUCUCAAGUACAACUCCCAGAAUUGUUUGGGGGAAGCCACCAUGACUGUUUAAAGUGCCAUCGUAGCAACUUAAAAGCAUGGUGUGGAUGUGGCUUUAGGUUGCGAAUCUGUCACCCAGUUGUGUACACUUCACUCCAUCACAAGCACUCCGUUUUUAAAAAUAGCUGGUCACUGCAGGGAGGACUGCACCCGUGGGAAAUUCUCCAGCCCCUAACCUUGAAACAAGGCCAAAUACCAUCCUUGAAGUCACACACCCUGGAUUUUUUUAUUUUAAAAAAGGAAGCAAGUCAUGAGUACUAUUUUGGCAUUGAAAAAGCAGAACCAGCAAAUGUGUUUGAGGUUUCCAGCCACAGAAUCGUACUUGGCAUUUAUAGAGGACUUUUCUUCUUAUCAUCUUCUCAGCAAUCCUUACAAAGAUCCUACAACGAGUAUUAUACUCGUGACAUAUUACAGAAGCACCCAGCCCAGCAACUCGGGGGCAGGUCAGGGGCUACAUUGCUGACUUGGCUUGCCAACACCACACACCGCUUCCGUUUACAAAGAAGGAGAGGGGCAAAGCAGCAGGGAGCUUGCCAGAGUCCGGGCAGAGCAUGAGAUUGGCUCUGCCAUCGCACCGUCACCAUUCUGAGCUCCUUGCUUCUUUGCCCCUUGCUUUCUCAGUACCUGGCAAUGACACACACUGUUGGGGAGCCAGGUCAGCGGCGCAGCUCCAUCUGUACUCCCUGCUACUGGAUGGGGGUCCAGGCUGGGAGAGUGGCUUAUCAAAGGGCACUCAGUGCACCCAGCUAAGAUCUGAGCCAUGGACGUCUAGCUCAUACCCUAUUAUUAUUAUUAUUAUUAUUAUUAUUAUUAUUAUUAUUAUUAUUAUAUACCUGGAGGUCUCAGGGCGGUUCACAGAAAAGAGUACAUCAUAUAUAAUCAGAAUAAAAACAACAACUCAGUAACACGUCGUCGCCCCCCCCCCCAGAAAAGAGCCACAUUUUUAAAGGGUUGUUGUUGUUGUUUAGUCGUUUCCGACUCUUCGUGACCCCAUGGACCAUAGCACGCCAGGCACUCCUGUCUUCCACUGCCUCCCGCAGUUUGGUCAAACUCAUGUUGGUAGCUUUGAGAACACUGUCCACCCAUCUCGUCCUCUGUUGUCCCCUUCUCCUAGUGCCCUCCAUCUUUCCCAACAUCAGGGUCUUUCCCAGGGAGUCGUCUCUUCUCAUCUGGUGGCCAAAGUAUUGGAGCCUCAGCUUCACGAUCUGUCUUUAAAAGGGUAUAGGAUGUCAAACAGAUCAACCAAAGGCCUGGUUGAAAAGGAACGUUUUUGCCUGGCGCCGAAAGGUGUGUAAUGAAGGCACCUGGAAAACAUUCCCUGGGGAGAGCAUUCCACAAAUGGGGAGCCACUGUGUCGCCACCCUCCACACUUCUCAAGCAGGAGGCACACGAAGGAGGGCCUCAGAAGAUGAUUUCAGGGUCCAGGUAUAGAAAGAGGCGGUCCUAGAUGUAUUUUGGUCCUGAGCCGUUUAAGGCUUUAUAGGUCAAAACCAGCACUUUGAAUUGGGCCCGGAAACUCAUUGGUAGCCAGUGCAGUCGGACCAGGAUUGGUGUAAUAUGCUCAAACCGUUUUGCUCCGGUGAGCAAUCUGGCCGCUGAAUUCUGCACUAGCUAGAGUUUCUGAACCGUCUUCAAAGGCAGCCCUACAUAUAAUGCAUACUCUUAGCUUUUAUGAAACACCAGCAGCAAAAGGUAGGAAGUUCAAAAACCCGUGAUAGGUGGCGUCUUGAGAGAAAAAGCCGAAGUCCACAAAAUGCUUGAAACCAGCCUGAACCUAAACAACAAAAAUCGCAAAUUCUCAAGGGCUGGCCCCAGACAUUUUGUUGCAGGAGGCGAAGGGCAAGACGGUUUCUCACUCACUCAGUUCACGUACAAAAGGCAAAACCAGUUGACUGGCAUUUGAAGCUUACACUGACACUACCGUGUUUCUCCGAAAAUAAGCCACACCCCAAAAAUAAUCCAUACCCCCAAAAUAAGCCAUAGUGAUAGGCAGUUUAACCUUGUAGGUUAAACUGUACCAUACUUAAUUAAAAAAAAAUAAGACAUCCCCUGAAAAUAAGCCACUGUGUGUGUGUUUUUUGAGGAAAAAUAAAUAUAAGACGGUGUCUUAUUUUUGGAGAAACACGGUAGCAACAGGUCAGAGUCCUCCACCCCACCAGGGGACAGCAGCCUACCUCAAGAGAUGCAGGGUGCUUGGUGCGCACAGGUUUGUCCAGUCUCUGUUCCUCCACAUUGACUGCCUCGCUCUGCCUUAUGGAAGGGCUGGCCUUCUAGGAAAAGAACCAUAGCUCUAUGGUAGAUAACAUGCUUGGUCCCAGGUUCACUCUCUCCCAUCUCCAGUUAAAAGACCCAAGUAGCACAUGAUGGGAAAGACCCUCUGUCUGCCUGAGAGACCCCAGAGAGUGCUGGUGGUGGUUGAGGUAGAUGGCAUUGAGCUAAAUAGACAAACAGUCUGUCCUGAUUUAAAUCCAGUCUCUUCUAGACAACCUGUUUAUGUAGCAUUCAUUCUGAUUUGUUUGUGGGGAGGUUAUAUGAUGUUGUGUCGAGUACGUGUUAUCCCACACUUUUUAGUGCAUUUUCCCGUCACUUUCCUUAUAGCAAAAUCUGGGCAUGGGUUUGGAUAUGGCAGGGGUGGGGAUUGUUUGUUACACAAGAGUGCCAAGUCAACUUUUCAUUGUGCAGCCUGAAUUAUCCACUAUGUGGCAUAGCUGCCAAGUACCCCGUUUUCCCCGGGAAACCCCGUUUUUACUUACCUUUUCCCGGUGGUCCCCCGUAUCACUUCGUCUCCCGUUUUUCUCCGUUAUUUUCUCCUGCCGGCGGCCAUUUUUUUCUUUCCGAUUUGCCCUUCUAUGGGCACCAAAAAUGGCCGCCGCCAGCUUCAAAAGUUGCAUCUACGCAUGUCCGGAAGUGCAUAGACGCGACUUCCGGUGUCGGCGGCAGCCAUUUUUGGUGCCCAUAGAUGGGCGGAGCGACACCGGAAGUUGCGUGAUGCACUUCCUGACAUGCGUACAAGCGACUUUUGAAGCCGGUGGCAGCCAUUUUUUGUGCCCAUAUAAGGGCAAAGCGACACCGGAAGUUACGUCGACGCAACGUCCGGUGUCACACAGCUGCCGGUCCCGGAUUCUGCAGUCCGGGACUUGGAAGGUAAGCUAUGUGGCUGAAUCCCAACAGCGACAAAGGUAUGAAAGAGGAGAUCCUGUGAGUGUCAAAAUUGGGAUCCGUUCCCGUAAGCAAGCUGGCAAGCAGGAAAUGUGGUUUACGAGGAAACCUGCCAAAUUCUGCCUGCGGUGGAGCAACUGUGCAAUUGCUUCACCAUGCGGCCGGCUCACAAGCCUCAAACCGCAAUGACCGCUGCACUUUUUUCUGCUGUGUGGCUUCAUUGCACCCCGAAGGUGACCAUAUCAGCACAUGCCAAAUGUUAGCACCCGUUCCACCCAGCAGCAAAAUCCUGCACUGGCAGCAAGUUCCGACUUGUAUAAUCAGUUCCACUUCCUGCUCAGCUUCAUGUCAUUUAAGGGGUUUUUUAAUGUCAAAAACAAUGACCGUACGAUGAGCCCUGCUGAAUUGGAACAAGGGUCAUUCUAGUCCAACAUCCUGCAUCCCAUGCAGUAGACAACUAGAUAUCUCUGCAAAGCUCACAGGCAGGGCAGGAGGACAAUAAUAGCCCUCUCCUGUCUUUGUUCCCAACAACUGGCCUUCAAAGGCACACUGAAUUGAGGGGGUUUCAUUUACCUGUCAGGGAUGUGGGUGGCGCUGUGGUCUAAACCACAGAGCCUAGGGCUUGCCGAUCGGAUGGUCGGCAGUUCGAAUCCCCAUGGCGGGGUGAGCUCCCGUUGUUCGGUUCCAGCUCCUGCCCACCUAGCAGUUCAAAAGCACGUCAAAGUGCAAGUAGAUAAAUAGGUACUGCUCCGGUGGGAAGGUAAACGGCAUUUCCGUGCACUGCUCUGGUUCGCCACAUGACCCGGACGCUGUCUACGGACAGCUCCCUCACCCUAUAGAGCAAGAUGAGAACGCAACCCCAGAGUUGUCCGCGACUGGACCUACCGUAACGGUCAGAGGCACCUUUACCUUUACCUUUAUUUACCUGUCAUGACCAAGAAGAACCUUUGGUAGAACUAUACUCCAUGCAUUUGUCUAGUGACCAAAAAUACAGGUAUUUGAUUCCCAUUGUUGUCGUUUAGUCGUGUCCGACUCUUCGUGACCCCAUGGACCAUAGCACGCCAGGCACUCCUGUCUUGCACUGCCUCCCGCAGUUUGGUCAAACUCAUGUUCGUAGCUUCGAGAACACUGUCCAACCAUCUCGUCCUCUGUCGUCCCCUUCUCCUUGUGCCCUCAGUCUUUCCCAACAUCAGGGUCUUUUCCAAGGAUUCUUCUCUUCUCAUGAGGUGGCCAAAGUAUUGGAGCCUCAGCUUCACGAUCUGUCCUUCCAGUGAGCACUCAGGGCUGAUUUCCUUAAGAAUGGAUAGGUUUGAUCUUCUUGCAGUCCAUGGGACUCUCAAGAGUCUCCUCCAGCACCAUAAUUAAAAAGCAUCAAUUCUUCGAUUCCCAUUAGCAUGCAAUAGAUGACUGGGGUUAUUAGAUAGAUAGAUAGAUAGAUAGAUAGAUAGAUAGAUAGAUAGAUAGAUAGAUGAUAGAUAGAUAGACAAUAGAGAGAUAGAGAGAUAGACAGACCAUUGAAUGAUGCUUUGGCAAUCCAUUCAAAAGCUGUUAAGUGCACACGCAUACGCUGUUAUUAUAUUUGCUGUCAUAGCUACGGGAUCCUUUAUCCCCUCCUUCAAGAACCGUCCAUGCCAGGGCACAGAAAUCCCACUUCCUGACUGCUGGAGAUUCUGCACAGCCCCCUUCCAAUGCUUGUUAGUAGAACUUGAGGCGAUUAAGCAGAUGUAAUGAAAAAACAAAUACAUCACAGUAAGUUUUUUAAUUGGCAAAUCCGAAGGUGCAGUAAACAUUCACCCAUGUGGCUAUAUAAAUAGAAAUAUUUAUUUAUUUAAUGUCAUAAAAUUUAUAUAGUGCUUGAUAGAAAGGGGGGAGAGAUGUUUUAUUUCUGUUAUCCACUUGUACCAUAUUGCUAUUGCUCACCCUUCUGCCUCAGGAUGAAUUUGCAGAAGUCAAUACCUAAGGUGUUGACAGGUUCUGAGCAUCACUUGCUUUUACGCUAGGCAACUCCCUGGCUGCACGCAGAUUGGUCCGGGGAAAUUAACUGAGACUGGAUGAAGAGCUGGCACCAAUUAUUUGUGAACAGUAGGCUACAGAAUGAGAUAUCUUUAUUCUGACAAUUAUUCUUAUUGAUUUUUCAGGUUUCAAUACAUAAUACGUAAGUGAGAACAAAACACAUCUGAUAACAUAAACUACAUAAUAAAAUACUGUAAGAAUUUGAUGUGAUUUCACCUUGUUUGGGACCGGAACUCAUUCAUUGGCUGCAUCCACGUAUAAUGCUGGCCAUAAAUCAUGGUCGGGGAACUUAUUCUGCUCACAAACUACACACUGGGACGUGCAGGUCAGGCAGUCCACAGUUUACUCCUCUCCUUCUAGGGAAACAAACUUAAGAGUGGCUGGCUGACUGCUACAAACCAGCACUCAUUGGCUUAUUUAUCUCCAGAUGUAACACAAACGGAAGCCAAGGUUUGUUCUAGGUUUCCAGCUCACAUGGCAUGGUUGGAAGAAUCAGGUAGCAAAUGCUGGUUUGCACGUAAUAGCAAGCCAUCAGCUCCAUUAUAUGUUUCCCCACUCCAGAAAGGGUGGAGCAAAGUGAGGACUGCUCAAAGUGCAUACACAAGCACGGACAGACUGACUUCCCUAACAUUGGUUUGUUGCCAGAGUUACAGCCGAACUUGAUGGUUGUCAGAAUGUGCUGUGGCAAUGUGUUUUGUGGGCCUAUGUGCAGAGCUGGAGAAGCAAUUCAACUGUGUUUGCUUUUCAGUAAGAAACUACCCAAUCUGUGCUUCUCGAAUCAAUAUGCAAACCGAAAGACAGCUAUCAUUCAAAAUCUGCAUGUCUCCAAAUUUCGCAGUGAAGUUCUCUAGCCAACCAAUGAAUACAAAAAUACAUAUAUUGGGGGGAAAUGUGUGUAAAAUGUGUGUAAAAUUUCAGGAACAGACAAGAAAGAGAAAUUGCUGAAUUGGGACUCAUUACCAAGCUUAAAACCAUGGAGCCACCUGGGAUGAACAGAGACAUUGGAUUCUUAUCUCAUUAUGCAUGAUCUAGCUUUCUUUUGUGCCUCAGCCCUUGCUUUUUCCCCCGCAGGACCAAUUGCAGUCAUCAGCAGUCGUUAACAGCCAUCAACAGGUUCACCACUCCUAUCAGCCCAUCACCCAUUCCCACCCCCCCCCACCCUCUGAAUAUACAUAAGGGUCUGGUUGAUUCUGUUUCAGUGUAUCUGACGAAGUGUGCAUGCACACGAAAGCUCAUACCAAAAUAAAAACUUAGUUGGUCUUUAAGGUGCUACUGAAGGAUUUUUUUUUAUUUUACAAAUAUGUGGUUAUUAAGAGAAAUUCACAUUGAAAUACUAACAAUUUUUCACAAGCAAUUUUUAUCUUUAAAAAACCCACAAAUUGCUGCAGGAAAGUGAGAGAAUUGAAUUUAUGAUUGGAAAAAUGAGAAACUUAAAGAAUCCAAAUGGACAGAUUCUUCAUCCCUACCCAUAUAUUAUUUGUCGCAAACUUCGUGGCGGUGAGUUUCUUCUGUAGCUUCCUUUGGCUUGACAAAGGGCAAAACAGUACACACACAACUUUUCACCUGAAAAGUUAUCUGAAGAAGUGUGCAUGCACAUGAAAGCCCAUACCAAUAACAAACUUAGUUGGUCUCUAAGGUGCUACUGGAAGGAAUUUAUUUAUUUUGUUUCAACUAUGGCAGAUCAACACGGCUACAACACGGUAACUAGAACUUUUCACCUUUCUCCUCCUCUGUACAUGGGCUUUGAUGGCCCAAAGGUUUCUCAAUUUUUGGAGCCGAUUUAUAGAAACGCUCGAUUUGACGAUUCCCUGGUCUCAUCUAAGAAGGAUCUGGAGAGCAGUAGACACGAGAAGGCGCCUCUUUGACGCAUCCUCCAGAGACUUAAAUGCAGACAGUGUCUAUGAGAACUAGAGAUCAGGCCAGUUGUGAAAUGACGAGGUCAUAAGGUUCCCCAUCUCGGACAAAAAAAUCUGGGAUUCAGCAGCUGGAGCAAAGGCAAUGCUGAAGUGUUGUAGCUGUCGGGCUGUCCAAGAGGAUGAAAAUGAGCAGUAAUAGAGAACAGAGUGGGAGGAAAUAUGAUAGACAGAAAAUGUCUCUCUUGAGCAUUCAGUCUGAUUUGUCAGCGGGGCAGUUGUACGACAAUGAGUAUUUAUCCUGAUUUAUGUUUACAUAUAUUCCCAUUAAUCAUUUGUUCCUCCCACACUUUCCAGGCCGCAAAAAGCCAAAUUCUCUUUUAAAGUGGAUUUGUUGUGCUGGGGAAAGAGAGCCCUUUAAUCCAUAAUUGCCUGUGCAAAGCUCUGGUAUGCACCUGAAUCCCCUCUUGCAAAAAGAGUCACAGUCUGGAAGUACUCUUAAGUGUUGGAGAAAUGCAUUUAAAGGUCCGGAAUUGUUAUGGAAGGCGUAUAACAUGCUCAUGGUUUUAUAACCAGUGCUAUUUUUAUAGAAAAAGAGGUGCCAGAACUCACCAUGAAUGCCUCCCUUGUCCUCUUAUAACAUACCCUCCAACAUUUCUCUGAUGAAAAUAGAGAUGGCCCCUCCAACAUUUCUCUGGUGAAUAUAGGGACAUCCUACUCUGUAUCCUCUAACAUUUCUUUGAUGAAAAUAUGGAUGGCCUAAGGCAGGCAUGAACGAGAAAUAGCAAGAACUCAGGCCAAAAGAAGAUGGAUUCCAAAUAACUCUUCACACGGUUUUAUUGAUGUGAUGCGGAGUUUAAAUGGGAAUCAAUCCCAAUGUUGAAGGCAAAUAAAGGUAAAUUCCAGUAAAAAUCAGGACAAGGCCCUGUUUCAACUAUUCUUCGUCAGCAAAGAUUCACAGGUCAAAGUGUACCAAAUAUGUUUGCAAACUCCACAUCACAUCAAUAAAACCUUGUGAAGAUUUAUUUGGAAUCCAUCUUCUUUUGGUCUGAGUUCUUGCUAUUUAUCGUUUAUUUCUGGAUUUUCCCAAGAACUCCAUUUUCUACUGCAAUUCUAAGGCAGGCAUGAGCAAAGUCCAGCCCGGGAGCCAAUCCGCCCUUGCGGUCUGUUUAAUACGACCCCUGUGGCAGUUUAUUUCCUAGGGUAAAAUACUAAAAGAAGGUCAGCAACUUCAAUCCUUAAAAAAAAAAGCUCAAUAACUUUGUGGUUAAAUCUCCAAAAACUCAACAGCUUCAAUCCUAAAAUAAGGUCAGCAACUUUGGUCGGCCCUCACGCAUGUUCACGUCAUCAAAUCUGGCCCUCUUUGAAAAAAGUUUGGACACCCCUGGCCUAAGGAAAAGCGGGACUUUCUGGGAUCAAAUCAGAAACCAGGACUGCUUUUGUAAAUCUGGGACUGUCCCUGGAAAAUAGGGACACUUGGAAGUUCUGUUAUAAUGGCAAUGGUGCCCACCUGAGAGGUGCCGGAACUGUGUUCCUGCAAGUUCCAGCUGAAAAAAAAGCCCUGUGUAUAACCUCCAUGCAAACAAACCAGAACAAAUGCUCAAUCUAACCUCUGCACAUGCUUUGGGCAAGCAAAUCUAGGUGCAUGCUCAGUAAACAGGUUGUCUGGAGGAGCCCAAAGACUGAAAUGAGAAAGGGGGGAGGGCGCUGUGCCAGAGAAGAGAGGGGAGGACCUGCUCUUGAUACAGACUUCUGAUUUGCAAGGAGCCAACAUUCCCUCUGCACAGGAUCUUGAUCUUAGUCUUCCUUUCUGAUAUCACUAUUUACAGGCCAAUGUUCUCUGAGCUUUAGCCUCAACUUCCCCUCCACCGGCAAAAACAAAGCAAGCCGUUUCUGGGGGAGUUUCUAUUCUUCCAUGGCUGGAGCCGUGCUACAUAUGCCUUGCUCUGAUAGAUCUUUGCAGACUGGUGGAACUCCCUCUGCUUGCAUAUCUCCCUUUCCACCCCCCAAACAUCAAGGACAGAAUCUAAACAAUCUUGAUUCCUGUCCGGGCUGCAACGCCCUGGCUACACACUGGAAUUCUUGAAUAGCAGGAAGCUGAAUGGUGACUUGUUUAUGCUAGGAAUUUGUGGGCGACGCAUGACAAGAAACGGUCUCAGACUCUCAGGACCCAAAUUUUGCCUGUAUUGACGAAGGGGAAGCUUGCAGGAGUUAGAAGGGGCAUGGGCGAGGUCAAGACUCUCUUGGGUUUAGCUUGGCAAGAGUUUCUGUCUCACAAGGAAAUGAACAAACAAGCAAUCCAAAAAAACAAAACCAAAAAGCCCACCCAACCGCUCUCCCACUCUUGUCUCUUCAGUGGAGCAGCUGGAACAUUUCUGGAUUCCUGCAAAGAGUAUUUUUAUGUUAGUGAUAAGCCUGCGACAAAACCCCUGAGUCCCUGAAAUCAGCAGCUGGCCUCAGCUCAUGGAGAUACAGAAGGGACAGCUUGGAGCACAGCCAGGCAGCAUAGCACGAAAAAGAAUCCAGUAGCACAACAGUGCAGGAUGAACUCAGCAUCCUUUGAGGCCAGAUCUUUCCAAGAAGCAAAAUUAGAAACUCUUUUCUCCUUUAAAAACAACAAAAGUGAAAACCAGUACAGUUGUACCUCGGGAGUCAAACGGAAUCCGUUCUGGAAGUCCGUUCGACUUCCAAAACAUUCAUAAACCAAGGUGCAGCUUCUGAUUGGCUGCAGGAAGCCUCGGAAGCCCCAUCGGACGUUCGGGUUCCAAAGAACGUUCGCAAACCAGAACACCGGUUCACGGCGUUCGGAAGCCAAAAUGUUCCACUCACAAGGCCUUCAGGAUCCAAGGUACGACUGUAAACGCACAAUUGCAGCUCAGAACACUCCCCAUAUGAUGGGCAGGUUUUCUAAGUUAGCACACCAUCAUCUCCAGGUAGGGUUUUAUCAUGAAGAGUCAGUGAAUAGAAGACAGUGGUUGCUCACAAGCCUGCCUUCUCUUUGCAGACCCACGUGCAGAAGAGCUCCCUGCCCAACACCUUUGUGCUAAACUUGAACAGCGAGAAGUGCUGUUCUCAUUUGGACAAGACGUCCUGUUCUCUGAAGGAUGCCUUCUUGCCUCUCAUAGGGACCUGAUUCUGCUGGUUAACCAUGCUGGCAACCUCAGGGCAAGGGGGAAGGAGAGUUCUCUUGCAUUGCCAGUGUGGCUCUCAAAGGCCCUGUAUUGUUUUCUUAAUGGUCCUAGCUUGGCCAGGUCAUUUUGCAUUGGCUUGCUCAGGAAUUCCUCUGCACCUUGUCUUUCUCCUUUCAUAUCCCAAAUAAUCAAAAUCCUACCAUUUAUUAAUUUCUAGGGUUUAAGGGGGGUCCCACCCCCCACCCCAAUCUAUAACUAUGCAGUCAUACCUUGGAAGUCAAACAGAAUCCAUUCUGAAAGUCCAUUCGACUUCCAAAACAUUUGGAAACCAAAGUGCAGCUUCUGAUUGGCUGCAGGAAGCUCCUGGAGCCAAUUGGAAGCUGCGGAAGCCCCGUCAGACGCUCGGCUUCCAAAACUAGUUCGCAAACUGGAACAGUCACUUCCAAGUUUGCGGCAUUCGGGAGCCAAAACGUUCAACUUGCAAGGCGUUUGGGAUCCAACGUAUGACUGUAUAAUGAAUUUGAUAACACUGUGGUCAGUGUUCCUCAUCAGUUCAACAACACUCAAUUUCCCAUACCAGGUCCUGAGAGAUCAGACUACAGUUACCUCCCCUCUGUUCAGUUCCAUGCCCGAGAUGUUCUAGGGCAGGGUCUUCUUGAAUACAUUUAAAAAAUAGGUAAAUGUAUAAAUCUCCAUGUAGCAUAUCUUUAGCGAGACAAAUGCUGUUACCAUAUGAAUCUGAAUUGCUCUUCCACGAUCUCUUUCCGUAACUCAUUCUGCCCUAUUUGUAGAGAAAAUGCGGCAAAGAGCUAUCGCUGGCCUUUUCGUGGCCAUCAUGAGCCUCCCAAGAAACAUCGAGUCAGCCGGAGGAAAAGAUCUGGUGAACUGUGUUUGUGAGCAUCCAAACUGUCUCAAUAGCACUUGUACAGGGAAGCUGUGUUUUGUGAGCAAGCAUCUGACAGAGGGGGUAAUGAUCCACAAGAAAGGAUGCCUUCAAUCCAUGUCUGAGUUCUGCAGAGGCUCCCACACGACAAAAACGGCCAUAAUAUGUUGCUCGACCGACAUGUGUAAUUUGAAUCGCACCAUCCAGUUACCAGGUGAAGAAAAUCAGCCUGAAGAAGAGAGUCCUUCUCUUCAGAACCUUCUCCUGAUGAUCCUGGUUCCCCUCUUUGCUUUUUUGGUUCUCGCUGCAUUGGUGGGGCUGUUUGUAUGGAAGGUGUUCCAGAGCCGGCAGAGACGGAUACGGUUGAGGUCUGAUGAUCUGGAGGACAUGGAUUUCAUACUGAAGGCAUCCACGCUUGGUGACAGUACCUUAAAAAACCUGCUGAAUGAUGACUGCACCACCGGGAGCGGCUCUGGGCUGCCCUUCCUCGUCCAAAGAACCGUGGCUCGGCAGAUCAGCCUGGUUGAAUGUGUUGGCAAAGGACGAUAUGGGGAGGUGUGGCGUGCUACAUGGCAUGGGGAAAAUGUGGCGGUCAAGAUCUUCUCGUCCCGAGAUGAGCAGUCAUGGUUCCGUGAGACAGAGAUCUACAACACAGUGCUGCUGAGGCAUGACAACAUCUUAGGAUUCAUUGCCUCCGACAUGACCUCGAGGAACUCCAGCACCCAGCUGUGGCUGAUCACCCACUACCAUGAGCACGGCUCCCUCUACGACUACCUUCAGCACACAGCCCUGGAUGUGGAGAGCUGCCUACUCUUCGCCAACUCCAUCAUCUGUGGCCUCCUCCAUCUCCACGUGGAGAUCUUUGGCACCCAGGGCAAGCCAGCCAUUGCUCACCGGGACCUAAAAAGUAGGAACAUCUUAGUCAAGAACAACAAGCAGUGCUGCAUUGCUGACCUGGGUCUGGCAGUCAUGCAUUCCCAGAGCAGCGACUACUUGGACAUUGGCAACAACCCAAGGGUGGGCACAAAACGCUACAUGGCGCCUGAAGUUUUAGAUGAACAGAUUCAAAUGGACCGCUUUGAAUCCUUCAAGCGGACCGACAUUUGGGCAUAUGGCCUGGUCAUCUGGGAGAUAGCCCGGAGAACUGUCGUUAACGGGAUUGUCGAAGAUUACAAGCCUCCUUUCUUUGACAUGGUGCCAAUUGACCCCAGCUUUGACGAUAUGAAGAAAGUGGUUUGCAUCGACCAACAGACACCCACCAUCCCAAAUCGGUUGUACUCAGACGUGACUUUGUGUGCCCUGGCCAAGGUCAUGAAGGAAUGCUGGUCCCAGAGCCCCCCAGCCAGACUCACAGCUUUGAGGAUUAAAAAGACACUGAAAAAACUCAGCGACUCCUUCGACAAACCCAAACAACACUCGUAACUGCAGGGACCAGCUCUGGGACCAGGCAUCAAAUUUCGGACUGUUUGGCUCGGCAAGAAAGUUCAAGGUCACUUCUUCCGCCUCCAGUGUGCUAGUCCUGGCCUCUGUCCGUGGCUGCAGCAAACUUUGUUUGAAACCCGGCCAAGAGGAUUUGGUCUAGAGCCCCCAUGGCUGGCUGGGAUUGAUCCUUUGCAGGAGAAUUUCAUGGAACAGAUGACUUGCUUCGGGCAUCUUUAAUUUGUUUUCUCUAGCAACAAAAAGCAAGGGGGGGGAAGAAGAAACACCCACUUCUCCUAGAACAUACAUUAAUAUAAAUACCCCCUGGACCUGUAACCUGACGCCAGCCCGUCUCGCCACCAACGCCUGAAAAAUGGGGAGGGAUCAUGCUUGGAAAGAGCACAGCUGUUCUGCCGAAGGGCCUGCUACCUUGGAAACACCACUUUAAGGACCAUUCAUAAACCAGUAUUUAGAUUGGGCCCUAUAGGAUCUCUGUAUGUGUGUUCUGUCUGCAUCAUGCAUAUGUGCCUACAAAAGAAAAGAGAGAGCAGAAGAGGCGGCACAGACUUGCAAGAACAGGAGUGGAUUCACACGGACAUGUAGACAAUUGUUCUGUGCCACCGGAAUUUAAGCCUGGGGUGUAUAGACGUAUAUGAGCAUGGAAGGCCCUACAAAAUAACCCUGGAUGUGUGCAAAAUAUUUUUUGCAAAAUGAACAUGAUUGUGUUGCACACUGUGAGCAAACAGGUGAGCUCCGUCAACUGGGAUAAGGUCUACAUCAGGGGUCAGCAAACUUUUUUAGCAGGGGGCCAGUCCACUGUCCCUCAGACCUUGUGGGGGACCAGACUAUAUUUUGGGGAAAAAAUAUGAAGACAUUCCUGUGCCCAACAAAUAACCCAGAGAUGCAUUUUAAAUAAAAGGACACAUUCUACUCAUGUAAAAACAUGCUGAUUCCCGGACCGUCCGCGGGCCGGAUUUAGAAGGCGAUUGGGCCUCAUCUGGCCCCCGGGCCUUAGUUUGGGGACCUCUGGUCUACAUUCCAGUAGAAUGGGCAGUAGAGUGGGCCUCAUCCCUCACCCCCAGAGGCUUCCCUUAUAAAAUGUGUUGCAUUGGACCAAAAGGGCUUUCCCUGCCUGUUCUUCCAAGCUGGGUUGCAAAAAGGGGAAAUGCUUUAUUGCACCCCUGGUUUGAAUUCAAGCCAUGACUGUUAAGGAAGAAUCAGGGGCUCGUUUUAAGGCCACUCCUGAUUCUUAUUCCUUUCAGCCACACCUUGAAGCUUCCAGAUGUCAUAUAUGAUGUCAGGUCCAGGAAAUAUAGGUUUGCCCCAAACAACCUGGUGAGCCAAGGUUUGGGGCCUGGCCGGGCUGUUUGCACAUUGCAUACACUGUGUGCAUUAGUUUUCCUGUGCAGGAUCAGGCCAGUGCACAUGAGCAGCUUGCAAACAGGAUGCCCUGGUGCAUGUAACACUGCCAAAAAAAUUUUUUGGGGGGGUGGAAUUGGGGAUGGAGGGCUUGUCCCAUUUUAAUCAAACAUAUUUUAAUCAAAAUAUAUCCAUGACAGGGCAGCUGAGUGCAACCUACGUGAAAGACAUGUCAACUCAUUUCACAAAGAAAAAAAACUUCAAGUUGCUUCAGAAAUGUAAUUAUUUUGCACGGAAAUGUGUUUUAUAUUUAUUAAAUUUGUACCGGAAAAAAAG